AGGGUUUCAUUGUGUGCACAAAACGUUACAAAGAAGAAGAAAAACCUUUUUGGAGUUAGAAGUGUAAAAGGGGUUUCAGUUUGACGAAUUUUCCUUAGUAGUUGUGUAAAAAAAGGCCAUUGACUUAAUGUCAACUCUAUAUAUCUACACAUUUUUUUAUUAAUUAGUUUUUGUUUUUUUCCCACUUCAUUUACCUUUAGUCAAUGAAUUUUUACUGAAAACGUUUUUUCAAGGUCAAUUUCACUGAGUUAAAAAAAAAAGUUUUAUUUUUAACCAAAAAUUACGUUUUUUCCUAGGCUUCGGUAACCUGUGAAUUCCUCUAUCUCACUAGCUUUUAUGUAGAAGAGAGAGAAGGCAACAUUAAAUUCGAUCUAAAACUUCAAGAAACCAAAACAACACUUCAAAAAAAAAAAGAGAUCUGUUCUAUAGAGUUUUAAUCUUUUCUUUCGACUCGAGUUUGGCUCAACAAAGUUUAUAUCGAUUUGGCACUCUAAAAUGUAAGUAGAACCAAAUGAAUCUUGUAUUUUAUGUACGUUAAUAAAAAAUUAGGGUUUCCUAGACGACAAUCUCGUCAUCCGUUUCUUCUUUGUCUACCUCUGCGUUUUCUUGUAGAUCCGAUGAUGUGCUCAGUCUUGUGACUUUCAAGAUUGAUUUUAUCGUUAUUGUUUGAAGAUAUGUGGUUUGAUUAUUUUCUCAACACAUUGUGUCCUUUUAGCGCUUUACUUCAGUUUCUCUCUAAUUUUCAUAAUAUUAUUAUUGAACAUUAUGCUUAAUUAUUCAUCCGAAUAUUCGUGUCCCAUUUUUUAAAUUGAAUUUCAGGAUAACUUGUAUUUUAUAUGCAACGAGGUUAUGUCACGUAGUGGGUGCAUUUAUAUUCAUACCCUUUUUGAUAAGAUGAAUGCAUAUGCUUAUAUAAGCGUAUAGGUAUAAAUAACCAUCAAAAAUAGAGAAAAAGACCAAUAUUUUGCUUUUCGGUUACUUAUGAAAUGUGAAAAAGACCAUAUAAAUAUAUCUAUUAAAGGGAAGUAUAGUUUCAUAAAAUCUUGAGGAUUACAUUCCAUAAACCAAGAUUACCUUCCGUUUUUGCUUUGAUCCUCUUCUUAUCAAAUAUAUAAACAUGACCAUUUGAUCUUUCAUUUUGGAUAGUGGGAUAUACAGGCAGAAGAAAAUCGAGAUAAAUCAACUAAAUGAUUUGGAUAAUCAUCUUGAAGAUUUGAAGGAAAAUCCAAGAGCUUCAAAAACUCCAAAAAUUGAUAGGCAUCCAUCAUCAUCAUGUAUCAUCCAAACAUGUUCGAAUCUCAUCAUCAUAUGUUCGAUAUGACGCCGAAAAACUCCGAAAACGAUUUGGGUAUCACCGGGAGCCACGAAGAGGAUUUCGAGACUAAGUCCGGCGCAGAAGUCACCAUGGAGAAUCCUUUAGAAGAAGAGCUUCAAGAUCCUAAUCAGCGUCCCAACAAAAAGAAGCGUUACCACCGUCACACACAACGCCAGAUUCAAGAGCUAGAGUCGUUCUUCAAGGAAUGUCCUCAUCCAGACGAUAAGCAAAGAAAGGAGCUGAGUCGCGAGCUAAGCUUAGAACCUCUUCAAGUCAAGUUUUGGUUCCAAAACAAACGCACUCAAAUGAAGGCACAACAUGAGAGGCACGAGAACCAGAUACUGAAGUCAGAAAAUGACAAGCUCCGAGCAGAGAACAAUAGGUACAAGGAUGCUCUAAGCAACGCAACAUGCCCAAACUGUGGUGGUCCGGCAGCUAUAGGAGAAAUGUCCUUCGACGAACAGCAUUUAAGGAUCGAAAAUGCUCGUUUACGCGAAGAGAUUGACAGAAUCUCUGCCAUAGCUGCUAAAUACGUAGGGAAGCCUUUAAUGGCUAAUUCCUCUUCUUUCCCUCAGCUCUCUUCUUCACACCACAUUCCCUCGCGCUCGCUUGAUCUUGAAGUUGGGAACUUUGGGAACAAUAACAAUAGCCACACUGGUUUCGUUGGGGAAAUGUUUGGAAGCAGCGACAUUUUGAGGUCGGUUUCGAUACCUUCUGAGGCUGAUAAGCCUAUGAUUGUUGAGUUAGCUGUUGCAGCAAUGGAAGAGCUUGUGAGAAUGGCUCAAACUGGUGAUCCCUUAUGGGUUUCAAGCGAUAAUUCUGUUGAGAUUCUCAAUGAAGAAGAGUAUUUUAGGACGUUUCCUAGAGGAAUUGGACCGAAACCUAUCGGUUUGAGAUCAGAAGCUUCAAGAGAGUCUACUGUUGUUAUCAUGAAUCAUAUCAAUCUCAUUGAGAUUCUAAUGGAUGUGAAUCAAUGGUCUAGUGUGUUCUGCGGGAUUGUAUCAAGAGCAUUGACUCUAGAAGUUCUCUCAACUGGCGUAGCAGGGAACUACAAUGGGGCAUUGCAAGUGAUGACAGCAGAGUUCCAAGUCCCAUCGCCGCUUGUCCCUACUCGUGAGAACUACUUUGUAAGGUACUGUAAACAGCACAGUGACGGUAUUUGGGCGGUUGUGGAUGUCUCUUUGGACAGCCUAAGACCAAGUCCGAUCACUAGAAGCAGAAGAAGACCCUCUGGUUGUCUGAUUCAAGAAUUGCAGAAUGGUUACUCCAAGGUGACAUGGGUAGAGCAUAUUGAGGUGGAUGAUAGAUCGGUUCACAACAUGUAUAAACCGUUGGUUAAUACCGGUUUAGCUUUCGGUGCAAAACGUUGGGUGGCUACACUUGACCGCCAAUGUGAGCGGCUCGCCAGUUCCAUGGCCAGCAACAUUCCGGCUUGUGAUCUUUCCGUGAUAACGAGUCCUGAGGGGAGAAAGAGCAUGCUGAAACUAGCGGAGAGAAUGGUGAUGAGCUUCUGUACCGGAGUCGGCGCGUCAACUGCGCAUGCCUGGACUACAUUGUCGACCACAGGAUCCGACGACGUUCGGGUCAUGACCCGAAAGAGCAUGGAUGAUCCGGGAAGACCUCCAGGCAUCGUUCUCAGCGCCGCUACUUCUUUCUGGAUCCCUGUAGCUCCAAAACGAGUGUUCGAUUUUCUCAGAGAUGAAAACUCAAGAAGCGAGUGGGAUAUACUUUCCAAUGGAGGCUUGGUUCAAGAAAUGGCUCAUAUCGCAAAUGGUCGUGAUCCUGGGAAUAGUGUCUCCUUGCUUCGAGUCAAUAGUGGGAACUCAGGGCAGAGCAACAUGUUGAUCUUACAAGAAAGUUGUACGGACGCAUCAGGGUCCUAUGUGAUAUACGCACCAGUUGAUAUAAUAGCUAUGAACGUUGUCCUGAGUGGUGGUGAUCCGGAUUAUGUCGCUUUGUUACCAUCCGGAUUCGCUAUUUUGCCGGAUGGCUCUGCUAGAGGAGGAGGAGGUAGUGCUAAUGCCAGUGCUGGAGCCGGAGUUGAAGGAGGAGGAGAGGGGAAUAAUCUUGAAGUGGUUACUACUACUGGGAGUUGUGGCGGUUCACUACUCACAGUUGCGUUUCAGAUACUUGUUGACUCUGUUCCUACCGCUAAACUCUCUCUCGGUUCAGUUGCUACAGUCAAUAGUCUGAUCAAAUGCACUGUCGAGCGGAUUAAAGCCGCUCUGGCCUGCGACGGAGCCUAAUCGAUGUUUUCGGAAGGUAAGAGUGAAAGGGGAGGUUUAGGGAGUUUAUGAUAAUGUUUGUGGUCUUUUGUUUUUUUAAGUCUUUUGAGAUUCUCCAAAGGAAGUCAAGAACGCACCUUUUUGCGUUUAAUCUCAUUUCCGCGUUUGUUAGCGGCGGGCCGAAAAAAAGAGGCUUGAGAAAGAAAAGGUAAAGAGGUUCGGGUAUUGACUUCUGCUGGAACCAAAAAAAAAAGAAUCGGGUUUGUUGUGUUUCGGCGGUUUAGCGUUUUGCGUUUUCUUUGUUAUUAUUUAUCAUUGACUAGUGAACAGUUUAGCGUUCUGCUUUUCGCGUCUACUGUGAAACUCCUUGUUAUUAAGCCACUCUAGUGGUACUGUCAUUAUAUAUUAUGAAUCUAUGAAACUGUGUUUAUU